CUGGGUCAAGCUAAAGAACACACCGUAUACAAGGCCGAGGCCAUUGGACUGACAUUAGCAGCAAAACUUAUAGCGACCGAACAACACCUCAUAUUCCCAAUAUCUAUCCUCGUCGACAAUCAAGCAGUAAUUCAAUCCGGUGAGAUAACGACACCCAGAGCAGGACACUACUUAAUCGACCGAUUCCGUAGAAUGAUUCAACUCAUCAAAACCCGCAAUCAGAACGACUUCAACAUCACGGUAAGGUGGAUUUCAGCCCAUAGUAAUGUCCCAGGCAACGAGAAGGCCGAUGAAGAAGCGAAACGCGCAGCAUUAGGCCCCGCCUCCAACAGCAACAUGCAAAGCCUCCCCAAAUUCCUGCGCAACGGG